AUGUCGGUCAGCAGGAAGAGCUGGGCCGCUCUGUCCAGCCUGACCCGGCAGUGGACUCUGGAGGAUGAGGAGGAACAGGAGCGAGAACGCCGGCGGCGACACCGGAACCUGAGCUUUGCCGCGGACGACGAGGACCCGCCGGCCCCCGAGAGACUGCUGAGCGUGGAGGAAGCAGAGGGGCCCCAGCCACCAGCCCCAGACCCCAGAGAUGAGGAGGAUGUCCGGGCCGUCCUGAGGACGCGGCAGGAACGGAGGCAGAGGCGCCGGGAGGCCCCCCUCUCUGAGCCGCGGGAGGCCCCCGUCUCGGAGCCGCGGGAGGCCGGGCAUCCACCCCCGGCCCCCGAGGAGCGGGUGCAGUCGCCGUCCGGCCGGAGACUGAGCCCGCAGCGUGGCUCCACGGAUGAAGGGGGCCUGGCAGGCAGGGCGCCUGCGGGCUCCGAGAAGCCGUCUGCUGCAGGGAAGACACUUCAGCCGGAAGUGAGCCUGGAUCCUGAGACCCCCAGCCCCAGUAAAUGCUCCGUGUCCCAGAAGAUUGCUGUGCUGGAUGAGAGAGCCUUCUCAGGAAAGAGGGUGGUUCCAGACAAAGCCAGUGUCUCGGAGAAGAGACUGGUGUCUGAGAAAGCCACUGUCUUCGAGAAGACGCUGGCCCCUGAGACGCAGCUGGCCCCAGGCAGGGCCAUGGCCCCAGCGCAGCCCCAGGCCCGGGAGCACCCAGCCUCAGUGGAGCGCCCGCCCAGCCCCAGGGGGCAGCGGGGUGCUGGGGGCGCUGGGCCUGAGAAGGAGCCUGAGUCCUCGGCGGGGCCUCUGCCCCGGGCUGGCAGCCUCCCGCCUGUCACUCUGCAGGUGAGGACCCCCAGCAUGGAGGCUGAGGCAGAGCCCCCCUCGCCGACACGGGCCUCACCCACCUUCAGCAGUGCCCUGCAGCGCUCCAGCCCCCGCACCAUCUCCUUCAGGAUGAGCCCCCGGAGAGACAGCUCAGAGGUGGCCUUAACCCGCAGCGCCAGCGUGAGGAUCCCGGCUAGCUCAGUCAAAUUAGGCCCGAAGCUGGAGCGAUACCACUCAGCCAUACAGAGAUCAGGGUCUGUCAAGAGUUCAAGCCCGUCCCGCACCGAGUUCCUCGUGGCUCCUGUGGAUGUUGCCAGCAAGCGCCACCUCUUCGAGAAAGAGCUGGUGGGCCAGAGCCGAGAGGGCCCAGCCUCCAGCCGCAAGGAGAACUUGCAGCUCUCAGGGGUGGUGACGUCACGGCUCAACCUGUGGAUCAGCAGGACCCAGGAGUCAACACAGCAGGGCCCGCAGAACCAGGAGACGCAGAGAGAGUCAGCAGCUGGCAGGAGGCCCCAGUGGAGGAAGAAGCCAGAGCCCCCGCUGGGUGCCGAGGUGUGUGGGGGCCCAGGGGCUGGGGCGGCUGUCCCUGGAGAAUGCGGGCCGGUAGUGAGAAGCCAGCCUCAGGCCAGCAGCUGUGCCGGCCGCCUCUCCCGCCCGCUUUCUGCCUUGGACCCGGGAGGACGCUGGCUGGCAUCUUCCCCACAGCCCUGUGGGCGCAGGCGUGCCCCGCACCUUGUCUGGCUGUGGGCACUGCGCGUCUGCACAGCCUCGCCACCCUGUCCACGUGGACUCCUGCUCUUCCUCCUCCUCCGGGGCCGUCGGGUCGCACCGGUGUCUCCGUGCGCCUCUCCCAGGCUGGCCCUCACCAUCCUUGCACUGCCUGCCAGGCUGGAGGAGCCGCGCUGA